GAUCAGGGUAUCGGGGGUAGCAGCUCGUCCUCCAUCUGCCCAGAGGUCUCCUUCCAAGUCCCUGAGGCACCACGGCAGCAGCAUCCUUACCAGCUCUAAGGAAACAGCCAGUUUGAGGAAGCUGCGAGUGAGCUGUCGCUUAGAGGAUCACAUUGCAUCAUCGUCAUCCUCCUCAUCAUCAUCGCCAUGUCAACCGAUCCCGGUACAUCAACGAUCAUGGACGCGGCUUUUCUCAAAUCCACGAGGGCCAUGCUGAAAGCAGCAGAGAUGACGUCUCUGUUUGUGGCCUUUGUGUGUUUCACCGUCGCCUCCAAGCCAAGGCUCAUCACAGCGACGGUGUUGGAGUUUCUCGUCACGUUGUUGCUGUACCUGCUGUACCUGCUCAAACUCAACAAGAGGCUGACGCUCUUCUUUUGGCCUUUCGUGGACAUGUUUAACUCAGUCUUCGCUGCAGUUUACCUGACUGUGCUGAGCCUGAUGGCGUUGACCACGUACACCGUUACAGGCACACUGGCUGGAGGGAUCGUUGGUCUUCUGUCGGUUGUUCUCUUCUGUGCCGACACCUAUCUGCUCUUCACCAAGAUCACUUUCAACAAUCCAAGACAUGCAACACUGAAUCAGGGCAAUGAAUGAAUGAAUGAAUGAAUGAACCCGUCACAGACCCUGAAUAAAGACUACAGUUUAUGUGAAUUUAUAUAUAAACUUAGCACAAAAAGUAAGAAAAUGUGUGUUUGCUGGAUUAUUUCUUUGUUGUAACAAUGUUUCUCGGCAGUAAAUCUUAUUGGAUUGGAUGAUUGUAAGAUUUAUAGCCAAGAAACAACAAAUUUCCUUACUUUUUGUGCUAAGUUUAUACACAGAAGCCACUUUUUUUUCAGUCUGAAUUAUCAACACGUACUUGGGCCAAUGGUUAACCUCACUUACAAAACUCUCAUCACCAAAACAUGCCGUACGUGUCUGAAAAUAGACUCAGUCGACCACAACGCUGCAGCUGUUCUACUUUAACCUGCCGCUCGCUGAUGUACACAAACAUCUUCAUUCUGAAGCGGUCGCCUUGUGCAUGUUUGGUAACGAGAGUAGACUUUCACUUUCAUCACGUAUCUUCUGCUUUUGUAUUUGUAUUUCAAUAUAGUUAUUUUAGACGCAUAUGAUUUCCCCUCAUCCUAUUUCUAAUGUUUUUUAUGUUGUGUCAGCAUCUGUAAUACAUAGUGUUUUUCACAUCCAUUUUAAUAAAUCAUGACAUUUAAUGCAUUUAGUGUGAAAGCAAUGUUUCACUGGCUGUGGGAAGAGAAUGUGACUUGAGUUUAUUUUAGCAUUAGCCACAGAAAAGACACUCUCUUUCUUGCUCCACUUAAAAAAAAAAGUCUCUCUGACUAAUAUGAAUAAUGUUUUAUAGAUUCCCUUUUAAUGAUUAUAAGUAAACAACAGAUAUAUUAAAACUCUACAUUUGUUGAUGUGAUAGUCCAGGGAGCUGUGGCUCCGUGGCUGCAGGAUCCAGAUACAGUAAUUUACAUGUCUGUCAGAUUAAGAUUAAAACAGUCUGCUUUGGU